UGUUGAGGUGCGAGGACGUAGUCUUUCGCGCUCCUGCCACCUCUGCUCGUGGUUUUAUAUUUUUAUAGAUACUUGUCCAAGUUUUUUUCUUUCUUUUGCGGCUGUCAUUACUGACUGUCUCGACUCAAUAGCUGUGGUAUAUUUUCCCUUCUAUUGGGAAGCUAUUAGGAAAAGACUGGUCCGCAUGCAAGGCUUUCAAAGGCAAAACAAACUUUGUGUUUUGAACGUGACACGUCUCUGACUUCACUCGCUCAGCCUCGCGACAGCCAGCGAGAGAGAGAGAGAGUGAGAAAGAGAGAAGUAUUUGCAGUGCUUCUCUUCGUUAUCAUUUUUUUUUUACCUUAUCUACCGGCGUUUGAGAGGUUGAAAAUCCUCUCCUUGCCCGCUCUUCCUUCGAGAAUCUUCUCAGAAACAAGAGAGAUAGAAAAGCCGAUUGCCGGCACUCCAUACACAAACGCCACGUGACUCGACACACCUGUUCUCCGGAAGGGAGGAACUACAUUCAGCUGUGCAAUUUCGACAUUUUCGACGAAUUCCUUUGAUUGCUUUGCAUAAAUCGCUUGCGGUUUUGAAAUACUCUCAAGAUGUCUCGCAAAACUAAGCUUAAACCUACGGAACAGCUCAACGAAGACAUGGACAAGAUGUUUGAGGGUCAAGCCAGCGAAGAUUUCUCGCUUGACCAACUGUCCUCGGCAGCUGAUGCCACGGCCUCCUGGACCCCAGGCUAUAGUGAUGAGUCCCAAGUCCGCGAUAUGUCCGAGCUAAGGCUCCGCGAGAUGGACAUUGACUAUCACGCAAGUGACAGCUUCCCUCACAUGCACCACACUCUGAAGCCACACCACCAUCGCGUGCGCCGCAAGAGCCACCGCACCAGCGACGAUGCCCCUCCCCCUUACUCAAGCAUUGAAAACAAGGAAGAGGCUAAUAAUUCUGGUGCUGUGAGUUUUGAAGUAGGCGACCCUGAUCUGCCAGAAGGGUGGUCUGUUGGGGAUGUGGAAUAUGAUGGCCAGCGUAGUGUGUGCAGGUCGGCAGUUUGGGGUUUUUACACAUGGCCAGUUCCUCAAGAACGGGCAUCCAGUGACAGUAUACAGAGUUUUCACACAGUCCAUGUACUGUCAGCCAUCCCCAAGUCACCCAGUGAAUCAUCUAGCAGUAUUUUAUCGGAUUUUGCAAAACAUGUCAAGAAGGACACGAGCAAGCAGCUGCUGACACCCAGAAAGGACGAGGAACAGCCAGAGAGUGACGACGACGACGAGGAGUCUUCCCCUCUGCUGGGAGAGGACAAUAAGCUCAAACCUUGUAUCCGUUCUCCUGACUCGGAGCCCCUGGCAUAUAUAGAUGACUCUUCUCGUAAGAAGACCCGCGUCCAGUUCGAUAUCGGUGAAGAAGAGCACCAUGAUUUGGAAAACAAAGAAGUUCCUCGGAAGAGGCGAAGCCACCGUCGCCGUCGCGACUCUGUGGAGGAUCCAUCCUGGCGUCGUCAUGCUGGAAGCGAACAUGAACUGCAGACAUAUGCUUCCAAGGCCAUUCAUGAGGAGGUGGACUAUCUCAAGGAACAUGAUUUGGAUGACAUUGCAAGCCACAGGUUUGAAGACCCUAGUGCUUACAGGAGGCCGCGCGUACGUGCUCGUUCAUCUGUGUCAUCCAUCAUUCACAUGAAUGAAGCUGGGAAUGAGAAGGCAGAUAGUAAGCAGCCCAUGGUCAAGAAGUCGUAUGAUCAUAGUCCGCACGAGAUCUUCGUUGAGCUGGAUGAGCUGCGCUACUCAGAGGGCCAUCUGGAGUGGAAGGAGACGGCGCGUUGGAUCAAGUAUGAGGAGGACGUGGAGGACGUGGCCAACCGCUGGGGCAAACCCCACAUUGCCUUCCUCAACUUCCAUGCGCUCUUCUCCCUGCGCAAAGGCCUCGAUACAGGUGCGGUGCUGCUGGACCUCGAGGAGCGCGACCUGCCGAGCAUCGCCGCCCGGGUCGUGGACAAGAUGGUGGCGUGCGACCAGAUCCCCCCCGACCAGCGCGACGCCGUGGUCCGCAUCCUACUCCUCAGACACAAACACAUCCGCGAAAACCAAUCCUCCUUCAGGCUCCCCUCCCGAGGGUCGAAGUCCACGCUCAAUAGCAACUCCGAGGAGAAGCUCCCUCACUCGCCUACGACCCUGAGUUUAGACGGUGGGCUGCGAGCCUCGGUGCGCAAGGCCGGCCUCUCCAACCUGUUCCACGUGAACACCUUCUCCGGCUUCCGGCGCCAGAACUCCAACGAGGAGACCAGCAACGGCGGCGUCCUCUCCAACGGCAGCGUGGCCAAGGACCCGAGCCCCGACGCCAAGGCCGCCAACCGGGAGGAGUCCUACACGCAGAUCGAUAUCGAGGGCGAAGUCCAGCCAAAGGACAAGGGCGGCUCGAAGGACGACCUGCGUAGGAACAACAAGGACCUGCUCAAGAAGAUCCCCGAGGGCGCCGAGGCCACAGCUGUGCUGGUGGGCGCCGUAGACUUCCUCAAGCAGCCUACUAUCGCCUUCGUCAGGCUGGCUGAGGGCGUCAUGAUGGACAACCUGGUGGAGGUGCCCAUCCCCGUGCGCUUCAUGUUCGUGCUGCUGGGCCCCUUCCACGGCGAGAUGGACUACCACGAGGUGGGCCGCUCCAUCUCCACCCUCAUGUCCGACAAGGGCUUCCACGAGGUGGCCUACCGCGCCCACUCGCGCGGCCAGCUGCUCUCGGCCAUCAACGAGUUCCUCAACGCCUCCAUCGUGCUGCCGCCCUCCGACUGGAACAACAAGGACCUGGUGCCCAUCGACGACAUCCGCGCCAAGGCCAACCAGAUCAUGAAGAAGAAGGAGAGCCUCCGCUCCAAGCGCAAGCAGACGGAGACCGCGGCCGUGACCCCAGUCUCCGCAGGCGAUGGCGACGGCGGGAAGAAGAGGCCUCCUCCGAGGGAUCCUCUCAUCCGCACCGGAAAGCCCUUCUACGGCGUCCUGCAGGACGUCAAGACCCGCUUCCCGCUCUACCUCUCCGACAUCAAGGACGGCCUCAGCGGGCAGGUUCUUGCGGCGGCCAUCUUCAUCUUCUUCGCCGCGCUCUCCGCCGCCAUCACCUUCGGCGGCAUCUACGGCGACCGGAUGGACAACUACAUCGGCGUGGGCGAGACGCUGCUCAUCUCCGCCGUCAACGGCAUCAUCUUCGCGCUCUUCGCCGCCCAGCCUCUCCUCAUCGUGGGCGCCACGGGCCCGCUCAUGAUCUUCGACAUGAGCCUGUAUUCGUUCUGCCGGUCGUAUGAGAUCGACUUCUUGGCCACGCGAGUGUGGGUGGGAAUAUGGAUGACCGUGACCGCCAUCCUUGUCACCGCCUUCGAGGCCGUGGCCGUCGUCAAGAAGUUCACGCGCUUCACGGAGGAGAUCUUUUCGACGCUCGUGUGCCUCAUUUUCAUCUACGGCGCCUUUGAGAAGCUGGGCGAGAUCUUCUCCAAUCACCCUCUGCAGUCCAAGUACGGCUUCAAGGACAUCAACGGCACGGAAAUUGCCUCUGGCAUCAUCAUCAAUGGAACCCUCUACAACGCAACCAACAUGGAGGACGAGGACGUGAAAGCCAUCGAACCGGCUCAGCCCAACACUGCUCUCCUUUCCCUAAUUCUGAUGAUCAGCACCUUCCUCAUUGCCUUCAAGCUCAAACAUUUCCGUAACUCCAAGUUCCUCGGCAGAAGUGUACGUCGUGCUCUUGGUGACUUCGGUGUGCCCAUCUCCAUUGUCCUUAUGGUCACCCUCGACUACCUCAUCCAUGACACUUACACCGACAAGCUCACCAUGCCCGAAGGUCUCAGCCCAUCCAACCCAAAUGUCAGAGGUUGGCUGAUUAACCCCCUGGGAGUCACCGACUCACUGCCUAUCUGGGUCAUCUUCCUCGCUGCUCCUGCCUCCCUCCUCCUCUUCUGCCUCGUGUUCCUGGAAGAGAACAUCUGCCACCUUAUCUUGAGCAAGCCUGAGAAGAACAUGGUAAAGGGAUCAGGUUUCCACUGGGAUCUGAUCCUCUCCUGCUUCAUCAAUUUCAUCUCUGGGCUCUUCGGUGCUCCCUUCAUGGGCCCAGCUUGUGUGAGAACUGUGUCCCACACUUCCGCUCUGACUGUCAUGAGCUCGACCCACGCCCCUGGAGAGUCUCCUAAGAUUGUGGGCGUUCUUGAGCAACGACUCAGUGCCAUCAUUGUGUCAGUCUUGGUGGGACUGUCAGUGUUCCUAACAGCAGCUCUUAACCUUGUACCUAAGUCUGUGCUGCUAGGCAUCUUCCUCUACAUGGGUAUCUCUGCCACAGCUGGUAUUCAGUUCCUCGAGCGCACAGUUCUUUUCCUCAUGCCAGUCAAGCACCAUCCUAACGUAGCUUACGUGAAGAAGGUGCGCACAUGGAAGAUGCAUGCAUACACCGGCAUUCAGCUCCUUAUGUUGGCAGUCCUAUGGAUCGUAAAGCAGUCUCCUGCUGCUCUCUGCUUCCCAUUCGUGCUCAUGUUACUCAUUCCCAUCAGAUUGUACCUUCUUCCCUAUGCAUUCAGUGGAGUUGAGCUCAAUGCGCUUGACGGAACCGAGGCCACCGCCACUGCAAACAACGAUGAUGAGGAGCCUGACUUCUUCGAGGAAGCUCAUGACUUGCCAACAUACAUUGACCAUCACCACCAGAACUGAGUGCCCCUUCCCUUGCAUAGAUCAUCUCAGUUCUGCAGUAGAUCUGUUCAAAGGAAAGAAAAACAAGGCAAACUGGUUAUGAUUAAGUAGGCUUUUAAUUUUUGGAAAAGGGAGAAUUUGUUUUCUUUCUAAUUUUUAAUUUAAAUUCCUCCAUAUAUAUGUAUAUCUUCAGAAUAGUAUUUUGUGUAUUUUAAAGUGAUUUUCUUAAUUCUGAGAAUUGGAAAGUAAUUGGUGAAUUUAUUACAGGUACUUACAGAUAAUAGAAUAUUGUGGAGAAUUUAGACAAACAGCCAUGAUUCAGUGUAAAUUUUAUGGCUUUUUAGUCAGGUGUCCAGGUUUUAUCAUCAUUAAUUGUUGAUGGAAUAGCAGUGUAUAUUCAAAGGAGGAUCUGAACAUGCUGUGCAUGAUGAAUUUAUUGUCCUCUCAUGAAGGAGAAAUAUAACUUAGGGAGAUUGAUUGUUUUGCUGCUUUCAGUAUAAUAGUCAUCUCUUUUUUUACACUCGUAGUGAAACUGGAAUGAAGUUCAACAUGUGAUUAAUAUUUCUAUCCAAAUAUUUCAAAUUGAUUUGACAGAAUUUUACUUUUAAAGCUUAUUAUUCUUAGCAGGAGUAUUUUAAGUCACUUAACCAGACCCAGUGAUGGAUCUGUUCACAGUUGUGAAGGAACAGUACAAGACUUUUAUCAUUCCACAAUAUGGUGCUGAAUAAACACAUAGGUGCUUUAGUAAAACAUCUUUUCUGUGAGGAAGAGGCUGUAAGCUGUUUAGAUGCUCCGUCCAUCAGUAUUUAAGGUGAAGAUGUUAUUUUUCCGGAUGAAAAGCAAUUUGCUCAAGUUAGUUGGUUUUGAGGAAAAUUGAUAGAAUGUUCCAUUAAAGUUGAAAGGCAGAUUUAAUCAGAUAUUUAUGUGAUAUGAUUAUAUAAUUUUUAUUAUUAAUAAUCUUUAAGCAUAUAUAGGGUUUAUGCAAGUACAGUACUCUAAUCCUGUUGUAAGGCCCCAAACUGCAGCUGUUUAGUGAAUCCAUUUAGACACCAAAUAGCGACCGAGAGCACAGCCUAACUUUCCAUAGCUCUUGCUUGUUCUUUAGUGUCUAGCAGAGGCAUUGGCUUGCAAAAAAUUAAUCUGCAGAAUCUAGUAUCCAGGGAGGCUGGGACAGAUGCGGGUUAUUUUAUUCAUCUUUGUUUUUUUCUUUUCUGAGACCCGACGUUCCUAUCCAUUAGUAAUAUAUCACUCAAGUGUUGGCUUCAAGACACCUAUAACUAUGUAAUAGUAGUUGUUAUUGUGUUGUGGGCUGUAAAUGUAUUGCUUUUGUUUUAUCACAUUUCCAUGUGCCAAAUUUAUUAAUGUGAAUUUUCAUUAUCUUUUUUUUAUGGAUUUGUCAUCUAUUUUGAUUUGAAUAACUAUUUUGACCUACAGGUACUCAGUGGUGGCUUAGAUAAUUGUAUUGAAAUUCAUAAGGUUGACGUGCCUGGUUUAUUUUUCAUCAUUUUGUACAUUCAUGCAGUACCCAUUAGCAUGUUUCAUUUACUUCUGUUCUAAUUUUAUAAAUAUAUAUUAGCUGCCAUAGCUUCCUUCAUAUCUAGUUUGAGUUCUCCAUUUUCAUCACACUUUCUGUGGUUAUUUUAUUUAUAGCUAACAAUUAAACAAGCUCUGUUCUAAGGGAACAAUGGGCUUAUCUUUAACCAGCAGAAUUUUGUGAUGAAAAUGCUCUAACUAUUGGAAGUAAAUCUGUGAUGUGAAAUGGAGAGUAUCCAAUGUGUGUGUGUAAAUAGUACAUACUUUUUUUGAUGUAUACCAUGUUUGUCCAGACUGUCUUUACAUUAUAGUGUUGCCUCCAUAGAUGUCUGUAUAUAGAUAUAUAUAUUAAUGUGAGAUAUUUUAUCGCAACAAAAGGUAUAAUAAACUUCACAGGUGAAAAAA